CAAAACAAAUCCAAAUUAUAAAAUCCACACAAAUACAACCAAACUCACGAAAAUUCAGUCACGCACAAAACAGUGUUGGAAAGCGGGAGCGGGCAGGGUGCAAUGAGUGCAAGUUAACUAGCUAAGCAAAAUGUCGCGGGCUUCCUACAGCCAGGACUACAUCAAGGCCCAAAUAGAUGCCGGCGUCCUGCGCUUCAGCAACAAGCGCAGUCGCAGCAAAGUGUGGGACGUCUUCGCCAGGAUCGAGGACCAAAGUGGAGCCGCCAUCCAGGACAUUGUCAUGUGCAGGACCUGCAACAGUCUGAUGAAGUACCAUGGCUGCACCUCGAACAUGGUGCGUCACAAGUGCUACAGGACCAAGGUCUUUAGUCCGCAGGCCGAGGAUCCCCUGGGCAGCAGCUACGAGGAGAAGGAGGAGGAGGAGGAGGAUCCCAGCAGGGAUUCCAGUUCCACCGACAAAGUCACCCAGGCGGUGAUGGAGUGGUGCCUAAUCACCGAACGCGACUUGGAACCGGACGAUGAUCUCUUCUCGGACUUUGUGGCCACCGACAGUCAGGAGGACAAGAUUGCCAAGGAAAUCAGGGGAUAUCAGGCUAUACAGAUGGCCUACACUGAGGGAUUUAACGUGCUCGACUGGUGGCACUCCAACCGCCAGCACUUUCCGCUGCUCUACAAGACAAGCUGCCAGAUUCUGUCCAUUCCCGCCAGCAAAGAGCCAUCGGCGUUGGUUCUCUCCCAGGCCAGCAGCCUGAUAAAAGAUCCUUCUUGUGGAAUGGACGAGCUGCACCGGGUCAUGUUCCUUAAAACAAAUGUGGGAGAGGGCACAGAGCAUUACCUGUAAGACACUAAAUACCUGAAUUUAUAUACAAGUCUGAUUUA